AUGGGAGACACGCCAGGUUCAAAAAUUGAGUCCAGCAAAAGCAGCCCAAAAGCUGUGAAUCACACGGAACUGGACCGGCGUCCCUUUGGCGGGUUGGAGUUUCAAGUAUCUGAAGUAGUUGGACGAUUAGAAGCUGUUGUCAAUGCUCAAGAUGCCGAGGAAGAAAAAAAACCAGAGCCACGGAAACCGAGUGUCGAAUUCUUUGAACCUGAAGAAAGUUCUAUGGACGAGAUUCUCAAAGUUUUAGAGGAGUUGGUUAUUAAGACGGACCCUAACUGUGAAAGUGUGGAACCUCCUUUAUUACCUACUGACGCUGUGACACGAGCUGCUAUUCUAUCUCAUAGCAUAUCUGCAUUAUUUGCCAGACUAGAAAGAAGUCAUGCCAUUCGUUUGGGAGCUCAUGUGGCGAGUGAAACUUCACGUUGGAUGGCCCAUAUGUUCAGAUUGGACGAGUACAAUGCGUUCUACCAUCAGGAGCAUCUAGAAGGUCUAGUGCGGGUAACGAGAAUGCUGCUUCAUCACCGAUACCCGCGCUAUUUGGAAGAUGGCGCUCUGGCGUUCACGAAUCGCCUCCCAUCUAUAUACAGCUGCGUUGCGAGUCCGCUCGGGGUGGUGCAACACCUGUGCCGUCAGCUGAGCCUCCCCUUGGCGUGUGUGAGGCCGGUGCCAGUACAUCCAUCGGCGCGGGGUAUGGACUUAGAGGCGCUCGAAAGGCUGUGCGACGAGGACCUCUCCGCGAACCGGACUCCGCUGCUGGUCCUGGGCGAGGUGGGCGCUCCGCCCCUCGGGUGGGGGACUCCGCUCGCGGCCCUCAGCGCCCUCUGCAAGGCGAAAAACGUGCACCUACACGUGCGCGGCCACGCCCUGGCGUUGCCAGCGGCCACUGGCAGGGACGAGACGCACAGUAUCGCGGAUUCGGUGACUCUCACACCCGGCUCUUGGUUCGGUGUGCCGGGGCUGCCAACAGUUACAUUGUACAAAAUACCCGAGCAGGUUACUGUUAAUGAUCACUCAAAGUCCGUCAGCACGGCCUCGGGACGAGAAGGCGCUCUGGCGGCGUUGGCGGGCCUCGGCGGCGGCACGCGCCUCGCGGCGUUGCCGCUCUGGGCGGCCGCUAGAGCGGGAGGCGCGCGCCGUCUCGCUCGUCGCCUGCACAGCGCGUUCAGAUCCGCGCGGGCGGCGCGGGCGGUGAUCGCCGGUGCCGGCCUGCGGAUACUCAGCGACAGGCCCGGCGGUGACGAGCCACCUAAUGUUGACAUAAUUGAAGCAAUAAGUAAGGCGUCCGCGUGCGUGGCUUUCCAGUUUGCGCCGCCCGGUGUAGAAAAGCCGCCGCCGUAUUACGACAAGCUCAACUCCUGGUUCGGUCAGGUGCUACAAAGGGAAGUCGACAUGGCCAACAUCGAGGUGUGCGAGACGGAGGGCUACGGCGUAGUGCUACGCUACUGCCCACUUGAGGGCUCGAUGAUAGAGGAGGAGCGGAUGGACGCGUGGGCGGCGGUGCUGGAAGCGCAGCUGCACGUGCUACACGCGACCGUAGCGCUACGCGAGCCCUUCCAGCAGAGGCUGGAGAGGCACGCCUGCUUGCGGCUGGUGCACGUGCCCGGCUGGGCGGGCUUGGGCGGGGUCCGCUACGUGCCCACUGGCUGGGAACAGGCGCCGCCGGAAGAGCUGAACUCCCUAAACCGGCAGCUGGUGGAGACGCUGCGCGCCACCGACGGCGCCUUCUCGUGCGGGGACGGGGAUGACGGCAUGGCCUGCGUCAGGUUCGGUAUGGUGACCGCCGAUACGGAUGUGGACGAACUGCUGGAAUUAGUGGUGGUCGCCGGAAAGGAUGUCGAAGAGAACUCAAAGGCCCUCACGGAUAUGACUGAAGUAUUGAAAAAGGGCAUCGAGGAGGCGCAGGCGGACCUGCAGCGCGAGGCGUGGCAGGAGGGGCUGCUGCGGCGCGUGCCGGUGGUGGGCCGCGUGGUCUCGUGGUGGGCGCCGCCGCCCCCGCCGGCCGGCAGGCGGCUGCUGCUCGCGCACGGCACCCUGCAGCCCACCGACGACAUUUACAGAUACGUGCAGAGGAAAGAGAAAAGCGAAGAGCCCGCCCGCGCGCACUCGCCGGCCAGACAACAUGAACCAGCGACUAAAGAA